UCUCGGUAAAUAUCUGAAGAGUCGAUGUGUUAUUUUUGUUUUCUGUUUCCAAGCGUGCCGCGUGGUUCUCUGUGUAACACAGCCGCCUUCGGAGACAGGAAGUGGGCGGGCGUCUCCUUGCUCUCCCUUCCAGCAGCUUUGCGCGACGCACACACGGAGUAUCCAGAGGAGAUGCGCGGUCUUGGCGAGUCGGCCACCGGUUGCUGCUGCGACGUGUUUGGGUAGAAGUUCAGGUCAAACAAACGAGAGAUUAAAAAAAAACAAAAAAAAACAGAGGGGACACUGAGAGACAUGUCUGGAAACGUCACGGACGGAGCCUGCGAGAGCAUCAACCUGAACUUCACGCACGCCUUUCUGCCCCCCGUCUUUGUCACCGUGUUCAUCGUCGGGACGCUGUCCAACAUCUGGGGGCUCCGGAGCGUGUGCGCCAGCUGGAGCAAAAUCGGAAGCAUCAACGUGUUCAUGUUCAACCUGGGGGUGGCGGACCUGCUGUACCUGGCCACCCUGCCUUUCCUCGUGCACUACUACGCGCGCAACAGCCGUUGGCCGUUCGGCCAGACUUUCUGCAAGGUGACCCGCUUCUGCUUCAACCUGAACCUGUACGGCAGCAUCGGCUUCCUCACCUGCAUCAGCGUCUACAGGUACCUGGGCAUCGUGCACCCCAUGUGGGUGAUGGGCAAAAUCACCAGCCGCCACUCGCUGGCCGUCAGCGCACUGGUCUGGCUGCUCGUCAUCAUCCAGAUCCUGCCCGACAUGUUCUUCGACAAGAACGAUCCGAGUUCCUCGAAUUCGUGUUACGACACCACGUCGAACGAGCUGAUCCGAGGCUACAUGCCGUACAGCAUCGGCUGGACCGUCACGGGGUUCGCCGUGCCAUUGGUCAUCAUCCUGGUCUGUUACGGGCACGUCGUCGCGGUUCUCGCCAAGAAAGCCAACGUCAACCCGCUGCUGAAGCAGCGGUGCUUGAAGCUGGUCGUGAUCCUGGUGAUCCUUUUCUCCGUCUGCUUCAUCCCCUACCACGUGUUUCGAAACCUCAACCUGACGACCAGGAUUCUGAAAAUGCGCGGCGUCUGCCACGCGAGCUUCCGCGACAUCUACAUCGCGCAUCAGGUGAGCAGAUGCCUGGCGUGUCUGAACAGCGCCAUAAACCCGCUGGUUUACAUCGUCGGGAACGACGAGUUCCUCAUGAAGCUCCAUCACCUCAACAGGCGGGCCCGGCUAUCUCUGGCCGUCCUGACAGGAGCCGUCCUGUACCGCAAACCGAUGGAGGUGGACCCGGAUUCGCCGUCUGACACUCGUGUUAAUAACUCCGAGCUGAUGAAAGGAUGAGACGCACAAUCGGGUUCAUUCCCACAUUGCCGGGAGCAGAGUUCAAUGAUGACGGGUGACUGCAGGAUAUGAAGCCUAUUGGCCAUAAGUCAUCGGCUCACCACGGUGUCAGCAGCGGCACAGAGAGACACAGUCUGCAUCUGCUGCACAUGGUCACUGAAGACAGAAGUUGUUAUUUGCAGCUGGAGCUCAUGUUUGCAACUCGUGUAGUUUUCGUUAUUGUACAGAGGUGCUGUUCAUAUUGUUGCACUUUUUAAUGCAUUGCUCUAUGCUGUGAUUGCUUUGUGCAGGGGGAGUCCUGUCCACUGCGCUUAAGCACGUGUUUCUAACUCGAGACAUAUUGCACUAGACCUUACCUUUGCACUGUUACAGGAGAAGCUUGUGAUCUCCCCCGUAGUUUAUGUGAGACGUUUGAGAAGAGCACUGUUCCCUCAGCUCUUUUCUUAUAAGGCAUUCAAGGAACUGCAGCGAUGAUGUAAGUGUUGUGAGAGAUAUUCUCAAGCUCUGUGAAAGCAAAUACCACGCUGUAUUAAGAUGCUUACUUCAAUAAAAGUACAGAAGUAUUAUCAACAAAUGUACUCAAUCACCACUAAUUAAAGUACUCAUUAUGCAGAA